GGCGCGGGGCCGGCCCGCCCGCCGCGGCGGAGGGGCCGGCGGGCAGCCGGAGGCAGGCGCGCGAGGAGGCGAGGCACGUGCACAAGCAGGAGACGAAGCGGACUGGCCCCAAGCACGGCGGCGAGGAGGCGAAGGAGGCCACGCGCCAGCGGCUGCGGGCGAAGAUCAUCGAGCGCAAGCUGGCCCGCCUCGGCGACGACGCCGCCGCCGCGGCGGAGAAGAGGCAGCUCUGGCGCGAGCUGGGGGGCGUCCGCGCGGAGAGCGGCCACUCGCGCCAGGCGGUGGAUGCGUACCAGCAGGUGCUGAAGCUCGACGCAGGCGACGCGGGUUUCGCGCGCACGCCGCUGCUGUGCCUCAUGAUGGACCAGGCGAUGUCGCAGGAGGCCACCAAGCUGGUGCAGAGCAAGCUCUUCUCGUCGCUGCUGGAAGAUGGCGCGCCAAGUCUGGGAACGGACGGCUUCGAGGCCAGCGUGGCAGCCGUGGCAGGCGGGUACACGCUGGCGCUACUGACUUAUACGAGAUGGUGCUGA